AUGAAGAUCCCAGCUCUUUUCUCGCUCCUCACCCUGGCCUCUGCCGUCAGCAUCCCCGUCCGCAACAAUGGCCACAGCCACAGCUACCGCACCAGCAACAGCACCAGCAAAUUCUCCGUCAUGUCCGCUCGCUCCGCCUCGCCCGUCCACUUGCUCCCCCUGAACGCUGCUCACGGUACCUUCUGGCUCGGCGAGUCGCCCUCCACCUUCUGCCCUGAGUCCGUCGAGAAGGUCGGCGGCUGCCCUCCCGGCACAACCACCCGGUUCGCCAGCGAGUCUGCCUUGGACGUCGCCGUCCCAGGCGGCCAGCGCAUCUACGUCGACCCCCGCGGCGCCCUGCGCUUCACCACUGCUCACUCGGGCUACAUCCCCCCGGCUCCUCCACCGGGCGCCAGCGGGUUCGUCGCUUGCCCCAAGAGCAAUGGCACCGCCACGCACUGGCAGGUGUAUGCCUCUGUUGCGAACGUUACCGGCAGUGCGGAAUGUCUUGGUUUCGAUGCUUUGGCCGUGCCUUCGAAUGAUACUCGGGCUGCCGCUUGGGAGUAUAUCUAA